AAAGGGAGAGAUGGGCCAAGAGGAAGAUGCAUCAAACCGCCUUCCGUCUGGAAACCAACGUCCUCACUGCGGAAGAACAUGUGGAUCCAGAACAGGGCUCCACCGCCACGUACUGACCCACCACCAAGACACUGCGCUUGGAAGGAAGGCCGUCAUCUUCGGGCUGCGAGGGAUUGCCUAAUGUUUGGGAAUGAGGGGGGCACGGCCGGGAGCUGCAAUUGCCGGAGGAAGGACACCAUCCAACCAGACCGAGUGAUAAGCCGAGUCAAGUCCUGGGGCGACUGCCAGCAGUCCAGCCUGCAAUACGUCCAGUUCUUUUUCCCAAAUUUCAGCCUUUGCGUCCCACUUGGCGACCCGGGGGCCGAAAGACUGAAGGAACUGAUAUCACAAAAAGAAAAUGCAAGAGUGGAUGCCAGCAAAGGGGACCAGGGACCCCCAACAGGGACCCCCAAAGCACAGCCGGAGCCCCCCUUUCGGAUGGACGCUCCUCCGACCUCCAAGGGACCCCCAACAGCCCAGCCGGACCCACGUUUCUCAUCAGACGCCCCUCGGACGACGAGGACAAAGCAAGAGGAGGAGACCCCCGCCACGCAGGGGCCCUCGGAGCCCCCCCUCACCCCAGGGGCCGCGGUGGGGCAGCCAGGGAGACCCCCGACGCCCCAGCAAGGGUCUGGUCCCGGCCAGUCGGACCCCCAGCCGCCCUCUUCAUCCCACCCCACUGUCGCCAUCGUCAGCCUUCUGGGAAUAGUGCUCAUCUUGGUGGCCGUCGUGGUGUUCUUGAUUUGCCGGAAGAGGCGUCGGGAUGGGACACUUCACCCGGCUGUCCUAGGCGAGGAGAUCCAUCGGCUGAACCUUCCUGAGAAGACCUGACGCCAACGCGAUGGCACUUUGGUUGCCGGGCCCACUUGGUGAGGGAGUGGCCAGUGUUUAUUUAUAUGGAUCUGCCUGCCUGCCUGUGUGUGUACGUGUGUGUGUACUGAGUCCUGGAAGAGCCCUGAUUCUGGAAAUUGUGGGGCUGCUACUCCCUCCUUCCCCUUCUUUUGUAUGGUUCCCCCUCCCACUUCCUUUCCACUUCCUGUUUUGUUUUCUUUGCACAAAGACUAGUAAACAGUGGUCUAUUUUUUAA